CUAUUCGUAAACUGAAGUGAUACAUUCUUUGCACGACAGAUGGACUACAUAGUCGUCUUCAGAAAUUAAUUUUGUUUUGAUACAUGGACUUGUCUGUACUUAGUGCUUAAUAACCUAAUCGUCGACAGUUUACAUGAAUAGUUAUGACAAAUACCGGAGUUACAUAUUAAAUUGAAAUUAUUCAUAACUAUGGAGAAAACUAUUGUGGCCAGCGAUGAUACUAAACGACUUUCAACCUUAGAAAAAGAGCAGAGAGCAAUUGAUAAGACGCCUUUUCGUCAUUUAAAAAUUACUAAUGCAGAAAUUUUGGAUACGAUAGAAGGCAGAAAAAUAUGCAAAUGUUGUUAUAGGUCGAGAAAAUUUUUUUGUUAUUCAUGCUAUUUGCCUGUCAUCAGUAAAGAAUAUUUUCCCACGAUAAAGUUACCUAUUAAAAUUGAUAUUAUUAAGCAUGCACGUGAAAUUGAUGGAAAAAGUACUGCGAUUCAUGCAACUAUACUUGCUCCAGAAGAUGUGAGAAUUUUCACAUAUCCCAACUUUCCAGAAAUAUUGGACAAAGAGGAGACUGUUUUAAUUUUUCCUAGCCCAACUGCUACAUCUGUGGACUCGUUAUUCAUAAAAAAAGUUGAAGAAGAUGAUGAAAUAAUUAUGAAUAGAAUAAAGAAUGCAUUUCCUAUAAAAAGAGCUAUUUUCAUUGACAGCACAUGGCAUCAAACAAAAGCUAUUUACAAAGAUCAAAGAUUACGAGAUUUGCAUUGUGUCAUUUUAAAAUCAAGAAUAUCACAAUUCUGGCGUCAUCAGAAAAAGAGUCCACGAUGGUAUUUAGCCACUAUUGAAGCAAUUCAUCAGUUUUUAAUAGAACUGCAUACAUGUGCAUUUGGUGCGAUACAAGAUUAUGCUGAAGAAAACUCUACAAAUAACAUAAUGCAUCAACAUGCAAACGAGUUACCUGAAAUAGAUCAAAGAUAUAAUGGUCAAUACGAUAAUCUUUUAUAUUUUUUUAAAUAUAUGUAUGAGAAGAUUCAUACUAUCUAUGAUCACGAUAAACUAUGGGCGUAUAAGAGGCCAUUAAUGUAAUUCUGUGAUAAUAAAAUAUUUUAUGAGAGAAGUAUUAAAUAUUCUAUAAAUAACUAUAUUAAAAGAAAAGUUUAGUUACAUUAUUUCUAUGAUCUUGAAAGCAUAAUCAUUAAGUGAAUCAAUCAUUUACAGCAAUUGGUUAGUAUGUAGUCCGAGAUAACAAGUUAAUAAAACCAACUGUUAUGUAAAAUAGAAAUGUAAUAUCUUACAAAACAUUUACACAUAUUUAAAACUUUAAAAAUCAUGUGCUUUGUAGGGAAAAAUAUUAAUUAUAGUUUGUUUCUAAUACUAAAAAUAGUUAAAUCAAUGGUGCAAAUAUAAAUAAAAUGAUACACAUAAUUUUUUUCAAUAUUGUUUUAAUUCUAUUAAGUCAGUAA